CAGUGGAAAUUUCAGGUGAGAGAAACGUAUCCGUACGCACUUUGCAACCCAAUCCACCGCCGUCCGUACGGCAGUUAAAUCGUAACUCCGUUGCCGGGAAAUAAUUACCGCAACUGUUCAACCGGGCCACCGAGACGGAGUAGGAGGAAGAAGAAGAAGAAGAAGAAGUAUAGUAUAAUACGGAGUAGGGACACGACAGUUGAUGCUUCAAUUAUUGUCGCUGUCGGGUACAUAAAUAUAUAGUCCACAGCGCUUCGUGAUGACUCAAUUCAUCGUCCCAACCGCAGCUCAAGUAUUCGAGAUUCGUCUCCAGUCUUUUCGCCAAGACCUUACGUAUUAACGGGGAUAAAGGUUAGGUGGUGGAGUAUCUGGCGUUUCUGGGCUGAAGAAUCUGAGCUGUUUGGGAUUCAGUUGUUUUGAUUGGAGAACAUUGUAUGCGAAUUGUUUCUGGUGGCUUACUACUAAGAGCAGGUCCUUUUCCCCUCGGGUGACCGGGAAAGCCAAUUACUUCAUCUUAGGGAGAGUUUAAGAGAUUUUUUCAUAGUAUGAUGGAUAGGGUGCAGAGGUUGCUUAUGGAGAUUCUCACAGAAUCUCAAGGUGGAGGGACAUCCUUGCUUGGUUCUAUCAAGAUUGCAGUCUUACCUAUAGCUAAAGUUUUCACGAUGUGUUUCCUGGGAUUUCUCAUGGCUUCCAAGUAUGUUAAUAUCUUGCCUGCAAAUGGAAGAAAGCUUUUAAAUGGGUUGGUCUUUUCACUAUUGCUCCCAUGCCUGAUAUUCUCUCAACUUGGGCAAGCAAUCACAUUCGAGAAGAUGCUUCAGUGGUGGUUUAUCCCUGUUAAUGUUGUCAUUGCCACAAUAUCAGGCUCCAUAAUAGGUCUAGUUGUUGCAACAAUCGUCCGUCCACCGUAUCCAUUUUUCAAGUUUACUAUUAUACAAAUUGGAAUAGGGAAUAUUGGAAAUGUACCACUUGUUCUCAUUGCAGCAUUAUGCCGUGAUAAAUCAAAUCCUUUCGGUGACUCUAAUAAGUGCUCUCAAGAUGGAAAUGCAUACAUCUCAUUUGGUCAAUGGGUUGGUGCAAUUGUCCUGUACACCUACGUAUUCAAUAUGCUUGCACCUCCUCCUGAAGGUACCUUUGACAUUGAAGAUGGUGGCCACCUUCCAAUGAAGGCUCCUAAUAGAGAUAGCUCCCAUGCUGCUGCAAAGGAUAGCUCCCCUGAGCAAAUUCCAUUGCUUGCACAGGAGCCUGCAGUUCCUGUGUCAACUAGUUCACAGAAAAAUAAGAUUAAGGAGUUCUUCAAGUUUCUGUAUGAAAAAUUGAAGCUCAAGCAAAUCAUUCAACCCCCCAUAAUUGCUUCGGUUCUUGCCAUUUUCCUAGGAUGCGUUCCAUUCUUCAAGAAACUGAUCUUCACUUCAGAUGCUCCAUUUUACUUCUUCACUGACAGCUGCAUGAUUCUUGGGGAGGCCAUGAUUCCCUGCAUAUUGUUGGCAUUAGGAGGCAAUCUUGUUCAAGGUCCAGGAAGUUCAAAACUUGGUUUACGGACAACUGCUGCAAUCAUAUUUGGUCGGCUGGUUUUAGUUCCUCCAACUGGACUUGGAAUCGUCAUGUUGGCUGAUAAACUCGGCUUCCUUCCUGCCGGUGACAAGAUGUUCAGAUUCGUCCUCCUCCUCCAGCAUACAAUGCCCACAUCCGUGCUUUCCGGUGCGGUUGCAAAUUUGAGAGGGUGUGGGAGGGAGGCAGCUGCUGUCCUGUUUUGGGUUCAUAUCUUUGCUAUUUUCUCAAUGGCCGGUUGGAUUAUCCUGUAUCUCAACAUAUUGUUUUAAGUUUGUACGUAGUUUUGCCAGGAAAAUUACCAUGCCCAGUGAUCACUUGUUUAUAGAGUAAGCAUUAUUGCGAGUAUCGUUUUCCAUAAUACAUACUUUGAAAUAUAGAUUUUUUAUUACAAUAAAUAUAUAAUUGCAUUAGUCACU